GGCGAUGACAAGUGAGAAGCUUCAGAUUGGAAGGGGCCUUUGUUGAUAUUUAAAAGGCGGCUGCUUGGUCGCGGUUCUGGUUCCGAUACUGCAUAUCACGCUCAUUUACGGAAUUAAGAGAACCUUUUAGCUUUCUUUUUCUUCUCUUUCUUUUCUUCUUCUUCUUCUUCUUCUUCUGUUCUGAGAUACGUCGACAGCAAUGGCUUCUCUGCCGCCCUUCGCGCCGUUUCCAAAGGCCUCAUGGCGGCUGCACAUCUCAUCCGACGACUGGGAUGCUCUAUCGGAAGCUUGGAUUGCGCUGUCACAAGCUUAUCUGGGCCUGGGAGAUGCUGCGUUUAAACAGGCAGCUGCGGGAGAUGAGUCCCUGACGAUAUUUGUGACGACAUUUGUGGAGGAGACGGCUACAGAAUCUGGCGCAAAGACGAUAUCACCGCGGCUUCUGAAGACGAUAUUCCGCCUCAUCUCUCGGCUUCUCACAGUAUCGCCUCCGCCUGGGCUAUUAGACGUCAAAUUCUUGGCCGGUUUUGCAAAGAUAUUCCCGAAGAAGCAUACGGGACCGUUACUUUCACAGCUAUUCGCGUCUCACGCUACUCCUCUCGAAUCAUCCUUACUAUCUCUUAAAAAGCUCCUCAUCCCACAGCUCGAUGCCGGAAGCAAGGGGGACCUCAGACUUGUUGAAGCAGAGCUAAUACGCUUGAAUCCUCUGCUACAUGUUUCACCCAAUGCGUGUAUGCUUCUUCUGGCUGGAUCCGACUUCUUCGAUGGCCUGGUCACUUGCUUUCAGGUCAUCAAUCCUCCCCUUCGAAAAGCCAUCAUCACUACCGUCUAUCUAUGCCUCAUUGGACUGAUAGAGACAGAGCCUCCGAAAUGGUCCAUGAUUAGCGAUCAGCUAUUCGCUAUUCAAGCUGCAGCGGAAACACACAAGAAAGGAACCUUGAACCCUAAUGAUUCCCUGGCGGCGGAUCUUGUGACAAACACGCCUAUCCUCAAAGCUCUGCUCAGAAAAUUAGAGUCAUCGCCAACGGCGCCAUCCACCCUUAGAAGCCGCAUCACCACCCUGGAAUCAUUUAAAACAGGCGUCAUUGUUCGGCCAAAGAAAUUAGUGAAGAGAAAGAUAGAUAAAGGAAAGGGGGUAGAGGCCGCCGAGGAUGUACAUGCGGAAAUGCAUGUGCAUAAGAUGAGCCAGAUUACCAAUAUCCAGGAUAUCUUCCCAAACUUGGGAGCUGGAUUCAUAGCGAAAUGCUUGGAUGAGUAUGACGACGAUGUGGAGAAGGUCAUUGCGAGUCUAUUUGAUGAAUCAUUACCGCCCCAUCUUGCUACUGCAGAUAGGAGUGAGACACUAUCACAUACGCAGGUCGAUACCAAACCACAUAAAGAUCUUGCACCACACUCUACACCACCACAACUACCCACAAGACGCAAUGUAUUCGACGACGACGAUUUUGACCGAUUAGCAAUUGACGUUUCCAAAAUUUCAUUCGGCAAGAACCCAGAGAAGACUGCCGAUGACAUCUUAAAAGACAGGUCUACUGCUCCAAAUAAGGCAGCUAUCCUAUCCGCUCUCGCAGCGCUCGAUCCAGACGAUGACGAGCGAGACGACACCUACGAUGCCGCCGACGUGGGAGGCACCGUAGACACAGGCGACCAGGAAGCCAACGGUGUAAACGACAGCAACGAGGAGCUACUCUUCCGUGCGUUCCAGGCGGAUAUUAGGAUAUUCGCGAGAGACGCGGAGACAAGGAGAGGUGCCACACGCGGAAAGUUACGGGAUGAAACGGGCAUGGCUGAUGAAGCUAUCGAAGGCUGGGCAGUGAUGCUACAGAGGAACCCUGCGCAGAUGAGACGUCUGGAGGCAAAGUAUGCCUGGAGCGGCCAACAAGCACAACUCGAUCGCAGUGCUUGGAGAGCCAGCCCCGCCGGCUCAGGUGCCGAGGAGAGCGAUCCCGACGGCGGCAGCUCCAACAAUAGGGGCGGCAGGGGAGGCGGAAACGUCGCCGGGCCUUCGGGCGAGAAGGAAACUGAGGCGGCGAGGAGGAAUAAAGAGGCGCAUAAGGGAGCGAGAGCAAAUCAUCAUAGAAGAGAUGCGAGGGCUAGGAAGAUGGCCCGUGGUGGAUUCCCUGGAUGAAGCAGGAGACAGGCAUGGUGACUAUUCUUUCUUGGCUUACCUCUCUAGCUAUUUGAUGAUGGCAGGCGGGAAUAUAUGCCUUCAUUUCUCGGAGAGCAGUAAAGAAUACAAGGACAUAAAUAAUAAAAGCCAAAUCAGAAAGCA